GGCCCGGCGAGGGGGAAGCUGGUGGCGGAGGGAGGCGCCUCCGAGCCAGAGGCGAGGUGCAGCGGGGAGCCGGGCGCGCCUCGCCCUCCUGGCUCUGGGCUGGCGUCUCCCGAGGAUGCGCGCCACUCGCGGCCGGCUGACUUCGGGGAGGGCUUGCUCCCUUUGCCGCGCAACUCGUGCUCUCCUCGCGGGGAGGCUCGCGCUUCCGCCUCCGCGCAGAAAGGAAACGAAUCGGACUUAAACGUGCGCCUUCUCCUCCCGCCGCUGCGCUCCUCCAGGCGCCGCCAGGGAAUGAGCCCCGCGGAAGAAGGUGGGCGCGCAGCGGGUUGCGCUAGGCGGGCGAGGGAGGUGCGAUCCUCAGCUCUUUUGCAUCUGCUUGCUUGCUGCACCCCGAGCUUCACGUGUUCCGGGGGGGAGGGAUCUGAUUCAGGCAUUCAAUUCUAAAAAGCUCUUCCACACGUUCACGAUUAUCAGUGGAAAGGUUAUGCAGGUGUACUCUCAAACUGGUUUGUUCUAAUGUUCCUGGACAUAAAAUUAUGUCUCUGCCUGGAAAAUUGACACAGUGGUCUCUUCAGGAUGUUGGAUGGGGCGAAACAAAGGAACUUCUGAGAAAUGCAGACAGAAGGCUCUGAAGCUGGAUCCUGAUCAUGCGUAUGAAGAAAGUCUCUUAGAUGCAUGGGAGGUCCCAAACACACUCUGAAAUGCUGAGAAGGAAACUUCGUCACUGUCAUAACCUACGCUUCAAGUUUCUGCUGGUGUUGAUUUUUACAGCAGGCACCUUGUCCCUUAUCAAAAUCCAUCAAAAGCCAAGCUACAUACAUCAUGGGCGCCUGGAGCUAACUGAUGAAUACCCACAUAGUAACAUCAACUGCUCCAAGAUAUUGCAGGGAGAUCCAGAGGAAAUUCAGAAAGUGAAGUUGGAGCUCUUAACUGUUUCUUUUAAAAAGAGCCUGAAACUAACUCCAAAUGAUUACAUCAACAUGACAACAGACUGCAACUCCUUUAUUAAGAGGCGAAAGUAUAUUAUGCAGCCUCUGAGCAAAGAAGAAGCUGAGUUUCCCAUAGCAUAUUCGAUAGUAAUUUAUCACAAAAUUAACAUGUUUGAUAGACUUCUGAGAUCGAUUUACGCACCACAAAACUAUUACUGCAUUCAUGUUGAUAAGAAGUCCCCCGAGUCUUUCUUGGCUGCAGUGAAGGGGAUUGCUUCAUGUUUUGACAAUGUUUUUGUUGCCAGCCAGUUGGAGAGUGUAGUAUAUGCUUCGUGGAGUAGAGUGCAAGCAGACCUCAACUGCAUGAAGGAUCUCUACAGGAGGAGCGCAAGCUGGAAAUACCUGAUCAAUCUUUGUGGUAUGGAUUUUCCUAUCAAGACUAACCAAGAAAUAGUAGAGAAACUAAAAGCUCUCAAGGGUGAAAAUAGUUUGGAAACCGAGAAAAUGCCUUCAAACAAGGAGACACGAUGGAAGAAGCAUUAUGAAGUUGUUGAUGGCAAAGUGAAGAAUAUGGGAAUAGACAAACAACGUCCACCUCUUAAUACACCCAUUUUCUCUGGCAGUGCUUACUUUGUUGUUAGCCGGAGGUUUGUUGAAUAUGUCCUAGAGAACAACAAAAUCCUUACUUUUAUUGAAUGGGCCAAAGAUACUUACAGUCCUGAUGAAUACUUGUGGGCUACUAUUCAGCGAAUUCCCGAGGUUCCAGGUGCAGUCUCUGCCAGCGACAAAUAUGAUGUCUCUGACAUGAAUGCUCUUGCCAGGUUUGUUAAGUGGCAUUACUUUGAGGGGGAUGUGUCCCGGGGUGCUCCGUACCCACCUUGUAAUGGAAUUCACAUCCGCUCUGUGUGUGUCUUUGGAGUGGGAGACUUGAACUGGAUGCUACGAAAACACCACUUCUUUGCCAACAAGUUUGACACUGACUUUGACCCCUUUGCAGUUCACUGCUUGGAGGAGUAUUUAAGAGACAAAGCACUGUAUCAGCAUAGUCAUUAAAGUGCAACCGUCUGCAUGGUACAAACCCUUUCGCUCUGAUAAGGAUGUCAAAAAUAUAAGAGAUGAAGUGUGCGGUGCUCCUUUUGCCUCUAUUCCACCUGCCUUGCUGGUCUUUUUUAACAAGCCUUGUAGGAUGUUUACUAGAUGAUUAUGUUGUUCUACAUACUUUGUCUUGGUUUUCUGCUGUUCCCAAAGGAUUCCCAUCAUAUGCAUUCUGUUUGUAAUAGACAACAGCAGAACAUUUGGUAUGGUUAUUGGAAACAAAGAGCUCAGGUUUUCAACAUUAGCACUUCAUAACAGUUAAACUGGACUAAAGCUUCCCUUGCCUUUAAGAAUCUUAUUAGAGAUCUAAACAGUGUUCUCAAUUUUUUGGUGCAGCUGCAAAGGGCAUCCCCCCCCAAUUAAUUAUGAAGCAAUGGUAAUUAGAAGGGAGGGAGGGAGGGGGCAGGAGUGAGCAGGCAUCAUAGGAUAGAACAUGGGUUGUGUAGCAGGACUAUACUUACAAAUAAAAAGAAAAUUGAGAAAUUCCAAAGCCACAACUUCUGCAGAGUUCACAUUUACAGUUUGCUCAAGUAUCUCUAGAGCCAAAUAAUUAAAUCCUGCUUUUGUUGAAAAUCCAUGAAGCUUUUUAAAACUCUGCCAGCAGCUUUGUAUUAGCAUACUUCAUAGAAACCACAAAAUGUAUUUUUAUGCAUAAAUUUUAAUAGUGGCCUGUAUUCUUAACACAUUUUGUAGUUGUUCAAAAGUGAUGCAGCAAAAGCCUACUGGCUAAAAUAUUCUCAGGGAAAUAUUAAUGUGCCUUGUUGUGUUAGUAUAAAUGCUUCAUUGUAUACAAUAUCUUCUGUUUGUUGCUUGAUACAUUCUUGGAAUAUUUCAUGCAAGUGAUAUUGUAACGUAAUAAUAUUAGUCCUGACUUUCUGAACACCUUAAAUAUAAAUUAAAACAGUUUUCUUCAAUGGCAUGAGUGUGAAAUGCAAAACCUGACAUUCAGAAUUGUUGCUGGUGUAACCUAUUUUCUUUUUUCUUUCCUUUUUUCAAAAACCUCUGCGAGGUCAGUGAGGCAGAUGUUGGCAUGGUAUGAUUUACAUAGGCUCACUUCUCAGAUCUGGUGUGAGAAUCUUAGGCAGGGUUUGAUGCCCUUGUCUUCUCCAAUAUGGAUUGCAUUUCCUACAGCCUGAAGCCCUUCUCAGAGCUAAUACCAUUCUAAAGCCUCUGGGAAUCUUUUCCUAGGCCUUUGGGGAGUCGCUUUGAAGAUGUGCGUGUGAUUCAGAGGGGACUUAAAUGCCCCACUGAAGAUUCAGGUGUUCCCAAGUGUCCUUGCUCCAUAACACUUGAUCUGUACUAUGUAUAAUUCUGUAACAGUAAUAUUUCGGCACUGCUCUUUUAUAUCCACUAUGGUAUAAAAAAAUCAGCAAUCUUCUAUGGAAGACAAAAGGAGAAAGCAAAUUAUAGUUUAGAAUGGGAUCUAGAAACCUACCAGCAUUCCUAUUAUAUAUAACAUAGCUCACUUUCUCAAAGAGGAGGUGUGGUCACAUUUUUCUGACUCUAGCCCCCAGUCGAGUGGCCAGGAUGCCAGGCUGUUUGCAGAAUCAACCUUAGGCACAGGUGUCUGGUUGCUUUGGCCUUCCUCUUUAGAGCAUACAAACUGUGCUCAUUAUGAACUGGUUACAAAUAACCUGCAUUUGCAUCUGUUUCCCCCAGUGCCUUUUGCUCAGUUGCCAUUUUUAAGGAGUUUUGCUGCAGACCAGCCAACAGUUCCCAUUGCCAACCAUUCAGCCAUGUGAGCAGGGGCUGAUAGAAGCUGUCGUCCAAAGUGCCUGGAGGGCCUAGGUUUGGAAAUGCUGCUGCAGGCCAUAACAUCUCUACAACCACCUCACGACCAUUUUCUUGCUCUUUCUGCCUGUGAAUGAACUUCAGACCUAAUCUUUUGGGUGUAUUAGCUCUUAAACCUGAUACUGACCCCUCCGCCUCUGGAUGCUGACUUCACAGUACACUUGGUUGUUAAUUUAAGCUGUUUGGGUUGAAAUGUCUUGCUUAUCUUGUUCCUAAGAAGCUACCUACUCCAAAUAUGUGCCAUACAUAGGCACACAGGACCACAUUAUCUUGUAUUGUGGCUCUGGUGCAAGUCAUCCUAUGUAUCUGAACUGGUGUGCUUUAUAAUGUUACUCAACUUCUUUUGAAAGGUAAUGUGUUCGUAAACACAUUUAACAGUGCAAUAAAGGAAGGGGAAAUGUG